AUGUCCGAUAAUAAACUGGCUAGCAAUCAGUAUACUUGUGUUCAAUGUACAUUUAUCAAUUCAAAACUGGUACCACAUUGUGAAAUCUGCCAGUUUGAAAAUGAAUAUUUUACACCUCAGGCAACAGCCAGUAAUUCAGAUUAUAUCUUGCCACCCGGUUGUAUUGCUUGUCCACAAUGUACGACGAUAAACUUGGUUGAUGAUGACUAUUGUGAAAUGUGUGAAAGUCGGUUAAAUCGUGGCACAUCAGGGAACAAACGAAUACGUUAUGAUUAUGAUUAUGAUAACGACAAAAAAUCAGAUGAAAUAGAUCGAGAACCAACCGUGACGGCAAAACCACCAAUGCCAUUAAUUGAAAAAUCCAUGGAUGAUCACCAAAUAAAAUUAUAUUAUGAACAACAUCAGUGGGUUAUGAACCAAUAUCAAAUAAUUAAAAAUUCAAAAAUCAAAAAUUCUCCUAUUCCUUCUAUCGACAUUAAAAAUGUUCAUGAUCUUAUUGAACAACUCUAUUCUUCAAACGAGUACAAGCCCGAUUUAUGUCAACCGUUAGGUCAACUAAUAUUUGAUUCAUGUCAGAUAUGUUUCGAUUCUCCACACGAUUCUCCUAUUCUUGAAAUGUCCACAUGUCAACAUCGUAUGAUAUGUCGUGACUGUUUUCAACAAUAUUUAUCCAUUCGUAUUCGAGAUUCAGAAGUCAUGCCAUGGUUACCGUGUCCAGCUGAAAUAUGUCCAAUUCCACUGAGUUGUAAAAAUAUUCUUGAAGAUGGUGGCUUAAAAAUUGAAGAAUUACUAUUAUUUUGUCAAAUAUAUAUGAAUAAAAAAUUGAACAGAAAUGAAAAUUUUAUACAAUGUAAAACACAUGAUUGUUUUGGUGGAUUUUUACAAUUUGGUAAACCCAGAAGUGAACAAGUCACAUGUCAAAUUUGUCAACAAGUACAAAAAAUUGAGAAAGGCAAAGAUGGGGAAUUAGAUUCAGAAUUUCAAGAUAUGAUUAAAAAAGGUGUUUUACGUGAAUGUCCAUCGUGUAAACACUUGACAAUGAAAGAAAAAGGUUUAUGUAAUGUUAUCGAAUGUGCAAAAUGUUCAAUAUGGUGGAAUUGGGCAACAAGAGAAAUGGGACAGGAUGGACGAGAUUUAAAACAUCGUGCACGUUACAAUGGAAGUUUAUGGGAGCCUGGUGAAUUAGAAUAUCAACAAAAUCUUCAAUAUCGUAAUCCAGCUGAAUUCAAAGCACUAUUAGAAAGAAAUGGAAUUGAAUAUGAUCCAAAUUAUUUUAUUACAUUUAAAAUGUCUGAAAAUAUUAAUGAUUUAGCGUCGGAUUAUGUUGCUGAUUCUUCUUCUUCUUUAACCGUUGAUCCAAUAUCAGCUCCAAUGGCAAGUGGUGAUACUACACAAGAUGAUAGUUUAAAAGAUGAUACGUCAGCAGUAAAAAAUGAUCCAUCUAAAGUUGUAUUUUUGUUGAAACCAGCCGGUGGAGCACCAAUAUUGAAGAAAAAAAAGUGGGCAUUACCUAGAACAAAAACAAUGGGACAUAUUGUGGAAUUUUUAAAAAAAUAUAUGAAAUUAGAUCAAUCAGCGGCUACAUUAUUUCUCUAUGUAAAUCAAGCAUUUUCUCCAGCUUUGGAUACAACGCUUGGAGCUAUUUUAUUGUACAAUCGUUUAUUUGUUAGAGAUUUAACAAUGUCAACUGCAUUUACACUGGAUAUUUUAAAAGAACGUUUAAAUCCCUAUUUAGAUAAAGAAGAACAUUUUCAACAAUUACAAAAAUGUUAUCCAAAAUUAAAUCGACUACGUCGUGCAUCGGUAUUAAUACCACUUUUCUAUGAUAAAAAUACACAUGAAAUACAAGUAUUAUUGACUAAACGUGCCGAAACUGUUAGAUCGCAUACAGGAAUGAUUGCAUUUCCUGGUGGGAUGAGAGACUCAACUGACCGUGAUGAUAUUCAUACAGCUGAACGAGAAGCAGAAGAAGAAAUCGGUAUUAAAUCUGAUCAAUAUGAAAUCCUUGGAAAAUUAAUUCCACUAACUGAUUCCCGUUUGGUCAUCAUUGCUCCUGUUAUUGCCUAUUUAUCUACGAAAUUCGAAAAUUAUCAAUUAUCAGUAGACGAAACAACCGAUGCAUUUUAUAUUAAUUUAAGUGAAUUUUUAUCAUCAAAAAAUCAUCAAUCUUCUGUAGUCGAAUUAGAUAAACGACGAUCAUUUAUUCUACACCAUUUUAACUUCGAGACAAAACAUAUUUGGGGUGUUACAGCAUAUCAACUUAUUCUCCUAGCAGCAAUGAUUUAUCAACGUGUACCAGAAUUUCAAGUUUUUGCAGAAUUUCCGAUUGAUUUAAAACAAUUAGUGAAUCAACAAAAGUUUAAUCUAAAUAAAUCUAUUGAAAAGUUUGCACAAAUUGAACAGAAUAAAACAAAUGAAUAUAUUUCAAGUCAUCUGUAA